UUAAACAUUAAAGUAUAUGUAUUUUUCCUUAGUCAUCAUUGAAGACAUAACCAAACCAAUAUUAGUUACACCAGAAAAUAAACCACCUAAACCCACUUGGCACCAGCCUAUCGAAUAUCCAACAAAGAAACCUGACCCAACAAAGAAACCAGUAUUCCCCCCAAAAAAAGAACAACCAACAAUCAAAGUUACAACAACAGAGUCAAGCCAUAAAAAUCGCAUUCCUGACAUCACAAACCCACCCACACCUGUUGUUAUCGAGCCAAGAAGACCAGAUAAUGCUCCUGGUCCAGGGUUUGAUACAACACCUGAUGAGAAUAGAGAAGAUAACGAGAUACAUAUUAUGGGACAGAAACAGGAAGAGAAACCUUCAUCCUUUUUUGCACAACCUGGAAUACUGGCUUCUGUUAUUGGUGGUGCAGUUGUUGCACUUUUGUGCACCAUUCUCCUGGUCAUGUUCAUUGUUUAUCGCAUGAGAAAAAAAGAUGAAGGAAGCUACAUUGUAGGUGAUAGCAAAGGAAUAAAAGGUAAUAAUUCGUAUGGAAAAGGAAAUAGUAAGGAAAUAUUUGCCUAGAAAAUGUCUAGCUUUUUUUUUUUAAGUCACCAGUGUCUGUUGCUGGUCUGUAUGUGCAUUUGGUUGCUAUGGAAACAGCACCAUCAUAAAGAAACCAGACAUUUGAUUAAGUUUAAGAUCAUUGUUUUUGUUUUGUUUUUUUAAACUGUAUCAAUUCAUGUUGAGUUCAAGUUUAAAAUAUUACUUAAUCAAUUUACAAUCAUCAUAAGUUCGAAAUAUUGUUGUAGCUAAAAACAAAAAAAAUCAAAUAUUAAUUGUUUAGUUUUAUUUUCAGACAUUUUAUGUUUAUAUUUAGUAGUUUUAGGAGAGGAAUGAUGUAUUUGUGUUUUUUUCUAAGUUCAUAGAAAUGUUAAAAUUUAUCAAUGAACACAAUGUUUCUGUACAGAUAAUUAAAGAGGCCAGUCCUUAUAUUCUGUUUGACAUUUUAUCACUAAGCACAAGUAGAACCUCAUAGAUAGGUCAUAAUCCUGAUUUUUUUAAACAGUAUAUGUAUACGGAUUUGCUAUACUCCCAUUUGAUAAUAAGAAAACAUCGGGGAACAAAGUAUAAAGUCGAUAGUUUUGAUCUAAGGUGGGCCUUAAGUUUAUAGAAUGUUCUUCUACAUAUGUGCAGCCUUGCUUUCUACAAGAAACAGUAUCUUAUACACAUUCCAGUUUUUUUUAUUUUCUUUCCUAAAAGUUGAUUUUCCCCCAAAUACCUUUUCUAUUCAGAUGAGUACCUAGUACUUCUGGAAUUUAAAAUACAAACUUUAGAGUGAAAUGUCUUAAAUGUUUUGUUUUUAAAAGAAAAGAAACAAAAAAUAUUGCAUCUUCUAUGGUCUUUAUACUUGAUAAAAUUGAAAAAAAAAUAACAGCAUUUUACAGAAUUUGUUAUAAUUGUAAUAAUUUCCAUUUAUAAUUUUUUUUUGUGGUUUGUCUUGCGUAUGUUUCUGUUAGUGUCAUAACCAUCUACAUGUAAUUUAAAAAAAAAAGUGCAAGUGAUUUAAGUAAGAAUGUUGGAAUUUAAUUUCCUGAAGAAGGAAUAUUCUUGGAACAACAAAAACAAAUAGGAUAAAUUUUUUGCAUGAAUUCUAACAAAGAUAUUUGUAUCUUGACGUGUAUGAGAAUUACGGACACAAUAUACCAAUAACGAUGAAAGAUGGUGAAAAUGUAAUGAGAAGAUACUUGUAAAUAUGAAAAUAGAAAUGGAAGUUACCAUGAAAAUGUUGUCUUUGUGUACAUGUGUUAAGGAAUUACUGUCACAUCAAGUGUGUUUUUUGUAAAGUGUGUUUUUUCUAAUUAUAAUUUUUUGGGGUACGUUAAGCUUGCUGUGACUCUUAGUAAAUACAUGUGAAAGUUGUUUUGUAUUUCAAAGGCAGAGUAACUACAGCGCAGUUUUAAGAAACAUCUAAAUCUCAGGCAGAUAGAUAAAACUUGCCAUGUACCUUAAACAAAUAAAUUUAGUUUGUGUCCAUUUCUUUGGUAUACAGAAUGGAAGAAAAAAAAGUUUAAUAUAUUGCAAGUUUAAAAUAUUUCUGUGUCUGUGAUUUUUCUGCCUGUAUGGAAACAUUACUAAAGUUGUUUUACCUGUGCAUUAUUUCUAAUCAUUAAUGAUAAGAAUCUUGAAAAAUAUAAUGAAAUAGAACUAUUUAGGCUAAUUAUAACCAGUUAACUUGAAGAUAACUUGAUAUAAAAACAAAAAUUCAAAGUCUCUCACAUCGGGAAGUUAAUUAAACCUCGGCACAGUUAAAUAUUUCAGAAGACAAUUAAGGCAUUCAAUCCGAGAAAAAUCAUUUUCAGUUUUUCUGUACACGAAUCUGACUUUCUUUCAUUUCAAGUUCCCACUGUGAUGUUAUAAAACAUCUUGUAUGAGAGUUUAUAAAAAUUUCCCGAAUAAUUUAAAAGUUUUAGUCACAUUAUCUUCUACAGAUUUUCCCCAUUCUAAGCUCUUGAUUACUUUGCUAAAGUAUAUCAUCUCAUCCUAAGAUUUUUUACUUAAUUUACAUUGAAUUUUGCAGUAUAAAAGCAUAAAAGUGAUACUGAAAUAGAAUGAUGCAAUUUAUAGAAGAUUAGCUGUGAUAAAAAGAAAUAGUAACAUUGCUAUUUAGUAAGAUAGGUAAAACAAUUUUGACUGUGUAGCACCAUCACCAUUCUAGAAGCAAGCAAGAGACUUUUUUUUUGUUAGUAAUGAUGCUUUAUUGUUAUGUUUUUAUAUUUCUCUCUUUAGACCUCUUAACAAAAUUUCUUUCAGCAAUCUUCUUCGUAAGGAUAUUCUUUUCAAUAAGACCUAGUAAAACAUCUUAGUGCCUAUUCACUUUGCACUAUCUUAGUUUACUGUUGUUGUUGGGUUUUUUUUUUGGCUUAUUUUUUAAUAGUUCCAUUUGUGAAGUGUACAGUAAAAAUAUUGAUAAAACAUUUAGUUAUUUUCAUUUGAAAUUUAUAAACCUAGUUGAAAUUUUCAUGAUCGUACGUAUAAAUGUAUAAAAAGUAGAACUUAACGGCAUUCACUCAGACUUGCAUAACAAUCUUAGUAUUACUGAAUUAUCAAUAAAUUUUAAUAUUCUCCUUUAUGAAUGUACUAAUUGUUUAUAAUUUUGCAUAAUUAUAUUUUGUAGGAAACAAAAUGCAUGUUGAAAAACAUUAUAGUGUGUGCUACGUGUCUUGCUUUAAUUAUUUUCUCCUAUGGUAGUGUAUGUGUGAAUGUACAUAGCUAUGUAUUGGAGGAAAUAAAAUGUUCUUAACACAA